CGGAUUCUCUCCUCUUGUGUAAAUCUCCGGUUUAUCUUCAGUUUUCUUCAGUUUCACCUGCAGUAUUGUUUCCCUCCUGUCCAUGCAGCGGCUCAGUAAACCAUCAUGUCUGCUAAUUUCGCUUUAUCACGAACUUUACGCAGAACCGGGAGCUUCCCUUCUGCCAGAACAGUCCGGAUUGUGAUCCUGGGACAAGGUUCAGUAGGAAAAACAGCUCUGGCUGUGCGCUUUAUCACCAGGAGAUUUAUCGGAGAAUAUGACCCGACUCUGGAGACCAUCUACAGACAUGAGUUGAGUAUUGGGGGUGAAGCUGUGAACUUUGAGAUCCUUGAUACUGCAGGACAGGAGGAGGAUGCGCUGCUGAUGGAAGAGAAAAUUAAAUGGGCCGAUGGUUUCCUCAUAGUUUACUCUGUCACUGACCGCUGUAGUUUUGAUGAAGUCAUGCGGCUGUGCUUUCUAGUGAAUCACAUCCACAGCAGGAGAAGCUGUCCUGAUCCUCCACCAGUCAUCAUUGUUGCUAAUAAAAAAGACCUGGAGUUUGACAGGAUGGUGUCAGUAGAGGAGGGCGAGAGUUUGUCACACGGCCUCAAAGUUCCUCUGCGUGAGAUUUCUGUCCGUGAUGGUUGGGAAGAAACAGCCAGCGUGUUUCAUGCGCUCUAUGCAGAGAUAGUGCAGCAAAUGGACAAAUCACCUCCUUCCUUCCGAAGACGUGGCGUGUCCCGACUGAUGGAGAAAAUUCCCAGAAUUCACUCUAAUGCGGCUCUGGGGUCCACAGGCCGUAGUUUCAGCUUCAGUUCAUUCAGAGACCUUCUGCCUGACUGAGAAGUGAGAAGCUUCAACGAAAAAAUAUGUUUUUCCAUUAAUGCCUUUUGGUUGCAAGUGUUGUAGGCUAAAAAAGAAAGUGUGCAAUCUCUGCUUUGAUAUCGGACAUAAAAGGACAGCUGGAGACAUUAAAUAUCAAAGUUAAGAAUAUUUCAGUGAGAAUUGUUUUUAAUCUAUUCGACAACUUUCAUUAAUGAUGGAAAUGGUAAAGCAGGAAGAUCAACAUGAUGAACGACACUAAAGUAGAAGAAACUAUACAGUUAAUAUGAUUCUGUUAAACAUAAGCUGCUUACAGACAUUCAACACAAACGAAAUGGAUAAUGAAAUGAUAAUGUCUAAUUUUAACUUUCUUCCCUUGGGGAACAGUUCUCUAUGCUCUGACCUCCAGCACAUGUUUCUGUUUUUUUAGUGUUUUGGGUUACUUGGUUUAGGUGUAUUAGGAGCUAAUCUGUAGCAAAAACAUAGACUCUCUGGUAAUUUACAUUAAGGAAAUGCUUGGAAAAACUGCUUUUAUAGUGACAAAAAUGUGAAAAAAGUCAAGGCUUCUGUUAUUUUAUGGCAGUUAAUAAGACAGAGUUUACAAGGCAUGUUCGGGAGUCUUUGGUAAGGCGUGAGAGUGAGUGUGGUUUUGCAGCUGAAUGUAGAACCAAAAUAAUUUCACCACCAAAAUGACCUGAGAGGAUAUGCUCACUGUAGGUUAAUGCAAGGUCUUUAAUAUAGCUCUUUAGUAAAAAGAAUACUCUUCAAGGCUUCUUUAAAGUUUAAUUGUAUAAUUCUGAGUUUUUAGACAUUUGCCAGAUGCCCUGAUCCAGAGCAACUUACAAUUUACAGCUAAGCAAUUGUGGAUUAAGGGCCUUGCUCAGGGGCCCAAGGAGUGGCAGCAUGGGAUUUAAACUCACAACCUUCCAAUCAGUUGUCCAACACCAUAACUUAGCUAGCACCGACUACCACUUUUUAGCUUUCAAGAAAGGUCUUUUCUAUAGCGAACCUUUAAGAUAUAGAACCCUAAAUGGUAAAAGCAUUAUAUUAAAUAAAUGUUUUGCAAAAGCCAUUUAAAGUAUACAAAAGCCUAUAAUUGAAAAUGUUCGAAAUGUUCUGCUUUGUGAGAUGUCUUGGAUUUGUGUCUUUUAAUAAGGUCAUUAAUUUGGGCUCCUGCUGUACUUUUGCGCCUUGGGGAACAUUUCUGCAUGCUUUUAGACCUUAUUCUUGUGGAAAGAAAACACAGAUGUAGAAUUUGAUUUUGGAUUUGAAGGGAAAGGACAGAAUCCUGACUGUGAAACUGGCAUGUGAAAUAAUAGCAUGAGAUUAUAAGAGAGGGAUUCAAAACACUGUAGAAAUGUGUCAGAAGCAAACGGGUGAAAUAAAAAGUUUCAUUUUAAAAGUGCACUUUUUAACAAACUGUAAUCAGUCAGCAUCAGUUUUUUGAUGCAGCUUUUCUGAGUAGCCAGACGUGUAAUGAUUAUUAACCACAGUAGCAGUUGUUUACUAAAAUGAAAUAAAAUGUUUUGAUGUCAUAAUGUUUUUAAGCCAUGGCUCAUCACUGAAGGGAAACAGAUGAAGCUGUCUCUUCUGCUGUUAUCAUUAUCAGGAGCCUGAGAAGGGAAGGUUCAGAACUUCAUUAAACCACUCCUGAUUAAUUUUAGAUGUAUGUUUCAUAGAGACUGCACCAUAGUGAGCACCUGGUCCUAUAUCGUUACAUAACGCUGUCAAUCCAAUCCAUUCUGGACCCCCUCACUGUAUUGAACAGUUAGUUGCAGAUGUUGUGAAUUUAAGGUAUUCUUUGGCUUCCUCCAAACAUAAAUCUGGCCAGAUGGGAGAAAUCAGUAUUUUUUCCAAGCAGUGUUGAAAGGUACUUAUAGCGAACAUUGUUAAUAGCUGAAAUAUGAUGUUAACAAAUUUAGACAUCACCAAUGCAGCUUUGUGGUUUAGUCAUGAGGGGAUUCCUCUCCUGGUAAAGGCCUGCAUAGGUUUGACCCUUUCCUCUACAAGGAACUCUUUUUGUGGUAGACCAUUUCAGCACAGAACUCAUACAGAACAUUAUUUCCACACAGUGGAAAUGUCUAAGAAGUGUCCCUGCUGAGUGGAUCCUCUCAUGGAGCUCUUCUCUGUCUCUGAUGCCUUUGUCUUGUUCAUUAGGUCAAUUACUGAAUUUUAUAACCUGAAUCUGUGCAUGCUAUUUUUAUGGAGUGUCACACUAUCAAUAUUAGUGCAUAAGACCGUGAAUGUUGAUGCUGCUUCUCAGUAAAUUCCAGAGUAACUCACUCGGUCAUAGAAAAGCCUUUGUGUUCAGUCAGUGAAGAGCAGUGUGCUAUGUAUAUACACUAUAAUGACUGACAAGAGAAAGCUCAUUCAGGUUCAGUCUGGUGUCUAACCUCAUGUUGUUUUCCAUUGGAACAUAAUCCAUUGUAAUAGAGUACCUAAUUAUCUAACAUAAAAUACACACUUUUACAACAAAGCAUCUGUAUUUAGUAACAUGAUUCAUGAAACAACUGCAUAUUCACACUGAUAUACCUUAAAGAUGAACUGAAAAUGAUUUUUUUUUGUAUAAAAAAAACGAAAUAAAAUCAAUAUACACUGGCUUAACAUGUCGUCUAACAGCCCUUCACAUUUCUGAGCAAUUAUAUGACUGACCUGUGUGUGUGUGUGUUAACUAGGGAUGAGCGAGUACAGCAUUAUCUGUAUCCGUAUCUGUAUCUGUUAACCAUAUGAAUUAUCUGUAUCUGUAUCUGUACUCGGAGAGGGUGGGGCCUAGCCCGGAAGAUAGGCGGG